AUGGAAGCCAACGGCUCAGAUCGCUCGGCAACGUCUACCUCUGGCCUGGGUAAACUGUUGCCGCGAGCGCUGGCAGAGAAAAGGCGGCGCAAGAAGCAGCAGCAGCUUGGUAGCGAUGCCAGUAGUGAAGACCUCGGGGCGCGCGGUCGAAGCCCAGCCAGCAGUCGCUAUACCAACGAAAGCGACUUAAACGUGGACACCCUGAACGAGAACGCGAGCAAUCAUUCAUUCUCGAUUGCAGAGGAGGAUCGGCAGCCGCCUCACCAGCCAGAUGCCAGUCUAGCGGCGGUGGAGACGGAUGAAGACUCCUUGUCAGCAAGGCCCACCGCCGUGUCGACGCAUCCCUCGCAAAUCGGUUACCUGACGACCUCGUCGCCGCUGGUGCAAGAAGAGCACCUAAAGGGUACUCAAGAACCACCGGAACCCUCCUCGAUCGAUAGCCUGUCCCGAUCUUCAACCCUUCCUGUCACCGAUUCUGUCGAGAGGACCGACUCUCUCGACUCGGCAGCCUCAUCACCCCUCCGGCAAACUAAGACCGGUCUUGCUAUCCCCCGAAACCCAGGGGCAAGACGAUCGCCCUCCCCCGUAGGCCGCUUUCGAGAAGCUUUACGCUCGAGGUCUUCAACUAGACAAUCGACAGGCAGUCUUAGCCCUGAACGAAAAUCUUCGCCAGCACCCGCUUCCGCUAGGAACGAUUCUCCGGAUAGCAAAAUUACCGACAAGUCUGGCGCCGAAAGUGCAGCAAACCCCCCACUCAACCCACAGGCAGAUAGUGCCAAAGAGGCAUCUGCCCAGCGCUUCAGGAGAUUGAGCAAAGGGCAGACGAUCGAGACUGCGAAUCCGCCUCGGACGCCACCAAACGGCUCAACGUCUGCUCCUGUCAUCGUCAACACUCCCCCGACGCCUACCGACCACAGCAAGCCCCACGACCUACUAAGCCAUACACCGACGAAAAAGGCUACAAGUAAUGCAGCUGCCAAGCCAGUCGAGCCUGUCUCUACACUAGCACAUCGACGUGGGAGGUCAGGCUCUGGCAGCGCGGGCCCCAGCAAGCUUUCGAACAUCACACCAGCCCCUCUUACUCCGACUCCCGAGAACGCCCAGUCUCCUCUUCCCACCGGCAACUUCUUCUCGUCUAUGAUAUCUGCUGCCCAGAACGUCGCGCAGAACGCAGCUAACACCUGGACCAACACCAUCACGAACAACAAUAGCACGUCUUCUGUCGGUAACAACGGAGGUAACGGCGCUCAGCCCCGCGGAACACCCUCAUCUGGAGAUAGCCGAGUCGAGGUUGAGUCGUAUUCAGGUUCUCAGAGACAGCCUAUGGAGUCGCAAGAACCCGCAGUGAAAACACUAGGCAGGGGCGAUUUGAGUCUGAGCCAGCUGGGCAUCAACGACCCUCCGAGUAGCGCAACCUCGCCAAUUACGUCCAGGUUUGCGGACUCGAUGGCCUCAAGGGUGAGGGCUGACUCGGCCCCCGCAGAGGCCAACAAUGGGCAGAAUGAUUCGCAGCCCUCGUCGCAGGCUAGAUCAGUUGCUGAACCUGGUAGCGCAGAACGCACACCGGCCGGGAGCAUAUACGAGGAUGCAACCGGACUCCAGCGCAAUGGAAGCGUCCGGAGCUCCCUCAGACGGCACCGGAAGCGUGGCAGCUCUACAAUGUCUGGCCAGACCGGCGCUCCUAUCACUGCAACCCACACGGCUCUGACUCAAACCGGAGCCAUAAGCAAUAACAGCACGGCCAAGUUGACUGGGUUCGCCGUCGCUAGUGCCAAGCGCAACCGUGACUUCCACCAGCUCUUCAAGAGCGUACCAGAUGACGAUUUAUUGAUUGAUGAUUUCAGCUGUGCACUACAAUUACAAAUUCUAGCUCACGGAAGACUGUAUGUUUCCGAGGGCCAUUUGUGUUUCAACAGCAAUAUUUUUGGCUACGUAACGACUUUGGUUAUGAGUUUUGAUGAAAUCUUGUCGGUUGAAAAGCGGAGCACGGCUUUAUUAUUCAAGAACGGACUGCUCAUUAGCACCAUCAACGCCAAGCACGUCUUUGCCAGCUUUGCCAGUCGUGAUUCGACAUAUCAACUAAUUAUCAAAGUGUGGAGCAUCCGUCAUCCCUCGUUACAAAGCUCACUCAACGGAGUUCGCUUGGACGAGACGGGAGGCGACAAAACCGAAAAGGUUGACGUGGAAGAGGUCCGCAGUCUGUCUUUGGCUGGAACGCAGAGCGGGUCCGAGUUGGAAGAUUCGGAGGACGACGAGGAAGAUGUCUAUGACGAAGAUGCCGAAGACGAGAUGAAUGAAUCGGUCGUGGCACAGCCGAUAGAAAACGGUGCCGCGGAUAAUGCUCUGGACAAGGUCACUAGUCGGAAGACAUCGGCCGCAUUACCAGCCGCAGAGAAGCCAAAGGAGGCAGCCGGUGGCGCCGCAACCGCAACAGGAGUUCAAGAUUUCCCUGGCCCUGCGACACACGCCAAGACGGACUGCGGUGAUUCUGACACGCACUAUGACAAGCAUCUAUCUGCUGAAGUGAUUCCCGCACCCCUCGGCAAAGUCUACGAUCUCAUGUUCGGGCCAGGAUCCUGCCAGUACAUGAGCAAGUGGCUCACGGACGAACAAAAGUGUUUUGAUCUGCAGAUGGAGGACAAGAAAGGCCUCACUGCGGAGAACAAGACGCGGACGUACUCAUACACGAAGCCCCUGAACGCUUCAUUGGGGCCCAAGCAGACCAAGUGCAUAGUAAGCGAAAAGCUGGACGCGAUUGAUCUUGAAAAGGCCGUUACGAUAACAUGCUCGACGCAAACCCCUGACGUGCCCAGCGGUAACGUCUUUACAGUCAAGACAAAAUACUGCUUGACCUGGGAUGAGAAGAAUCAAACCAAGAUAAACGUAAACUGCACCAUUGAAUGGUCCGGCAAGAGUUGGCUGAAGGGACCAAUCGAGAACGGAGUAGUGACGGGACAGCAGCAGUACUGCAAGGAGCUGUUUACCAGCCUCAGGUCAUCCGUCUCAUCCCGCGCACGAGCAGGUACCGGCAACGGCGCCGCUGCAAAGGGCAAGAAGAAGGGACGCAAGGGCAGGGCAGGCCCAACGUCUGGCCCAGCGAGCGACGUCGAGGGAGGCGCCCGUGCCCAGACCGCCAAGCAAGACUGGGGCCUCUUUGAGCCCGUGCGGGGCAUCGUCAGCCCUGUGCUCGAUACCGUCCGCCCGCUUAUCACAGGCAACCUCGUGUACGGUCUGCUCGUGGGCUUGCUCGUGGCCAGCUGGUUCGGAUUCGGAUUCAACCCGAGCGGCAGGACAGCCUCGCGGCAGCCCUACGGUGCCGACCUUGCCUACCUCAGCUACCCGGACCGUGUGGCCGCCUACGAGGAGAUGUGGCGGCGCGAGGAGAGCGAGCUGUGGCAGUGGCUUGAGGAACGAGUCGGCAUGGAGCGGCUGAGCGGAGGACACAAUUCCGAGCCUCCAAUGCCGUCGCGUAAGAACGUAGCGGACAGUCGUGAGGUCAGGGAGGCCAUCAGAGCCACCGAAGAAAAGUUGAAGAUGUUGAAGGUCUCGCUAGAAAAGGGCAACAACUGA